ACAAAAACAAAAGCCAUUUCAAUUAUUCCGUACCGUAUAUCGGAAAUUAGUAGUUUAAGCCACGCCAUUUGUCUCCAUUUGUUCCGCCAUUUGCAUUUACAAAAAUGGAAAAGGUGUCACCAUGCAAAUUGGAGUUACCCGAAGAAAUUGCAUCAUGGACUGUAGAAACUACAGUUACCUCUCCAAGCACAGGGACAACAACUUUUGAAGAAAUGGAUUCUACACCAGACACAGUAACACAAACAGUUGAAACUGUAGAAUCUGUCCCUGACAUGGUUACAGAGAUUGUUGCAGAAACUGUCACAAAUUUAGAACCAGUCUCAGAAGCUACAGUUGUAACACAGUCUACUCCAUUAACAAACGAGACCCAGUCUACACCGCUGACCCAUAUUAAGACACCAUCAGAAGCUUCAGCUAUAGCCUUUGAGUCAUCUGUUAUUGAUUCAAGAGUCUCGCCAUAUGGGGAAUCAACAUCAACAACUUUUAUGGAGCCCUCCCUUUCACCGGGCAUUCACUAUUCUACCCCAAAUCUGUUACAUGGGGAAUCAGUUUCCAUAAAUCAUAAGAGAUUGGGGCCAAACAAGUAUAGUGAUUUAAAUUUUUACGGGGAAGCAAAAAUUUAA